CCCGGCUCGCAGCCGCCGCCGCAGCAGCAGCGCAUGCCUGCACUGCCGCUGCCGGGGGUGUUGCCCACAGGGCUGGAGGUGCCUGGUCAGCACCACGCAGGCGGCAUACGGCUGGUCAGCGAGUGUGCGGUGUGCGGCCACUCGCCCAACUGGCCCGAACUGCAACUGGGCCAGUGGCCGCCCAUAUACCACCUGCGCGCCGUCGCCCUCAUCCUGAACGAUGCGCUUCACAUGCCCGACCUGCUGCGGCUGGCGGAGGCCGACCCCGACACCGCCAAGAAGGUGGUGGGCGCCAUGUGCUCGCCCGCGGGCACCAGGUCGCCCUGGCAGCUGGCCGGCAAGCCGCUGUGCUGCUGCUUCCCCUGCCCAUGCUGCGAGCGGGUGCUGCCCUACGGCACCGCCCACCGCCACAUGCUGGCGGCGCUGCUGCACCCACAGGUCUGGAAGCAGCUCACGCCGCGGCAGCACGCGCGUGUACAGCAGAUCGAGCAGCUGCCGCAGCCCGCGGACACGCUGCUUGGCGCGGCGCCGCAUGACGUCAUGCCGCCGGAGCUGUCGGCCAUGGACUGCCUGGAGCUGAUGCGCGGCAUGCUGCUGGGCGUGAUGGCGGUGCACCACAGCGCGCUCAGAGGCACGGAGCGCUGCCUGUGCGGCGCCGACCGCAUGACCGAGCUGGAGGUCAUCGAGCAGCGGGCCGCCUUGGCAGGCCUGCAAGCCGCUGGGACCUCACUGGCCGCCGCCAGUGAGCUGCCCUCCAGUCGGCAGGGAAGCGCCGCGGCCGUAGCAGCAGUGGCGGCGGCAACAGCGGCAGCGGCCACGGCCGCCGCUGCAGCCGCCACAGCACCUGCCGGUCGCGGCGUGGUAGAGGCAGGAGAGGCCGCCGUCUCGCAGCGGGUACCGCUGGCGCUGCCGCCGCCCGGCAUGGUGCCAUCGGGACUUGAGGAUAUGCCCAGUCUGCUUCAGCAGGCGGCGAGAGCAGCCACUCAGUCGUGGCCGCCAUUGCCAGCCGGCGGUGGCAGGCCGGGGCUGCCUGGCGCAGUGGCAAGGGCGCCGCCGCUGCCGACGUCGCUGCUGGCAGGCGGAGCGGGUCUGCGGCUUCAGCAGCAGCGGCAGCUGGUGGAUAUGAACCAGAGGGCCGCAGGCGCGCUGGCGGCAGACGGCGACAGCUCCGGGCGCCGCGGCCAGCCGCAUUACGGUGCUGGCGCUGGCGGCAGCGUGGAGCCGGCCUUGGUAUAUGGCGGCGGCCGCGCGGUGUCGCUUGGAAAUGGGCGGGCAGGGCCUCCAGGGGAGACCGGGCAACGCGGUUGGGAUCCACCCAUGGGCGCGCUGCUGCAGCACCUGGCCCGUGCCUCCGCCUCCACGCAGCCCACAGCCGCCCCAGCAGCCCGGCCGCCGGCUGCAGCGGCAGCGGCGCCCAGCGCCCCCCAGCGGUGGCCGCCGCCGAGGCCAACGGUGGACGAGGCCGCCGGGCCCUUGGAUGGAUUGGAGGAGCAGGGCGGCGUGCCGGGCGGUGGUGCGGGCGCCUUCGCCAGCCUGCAGCUGGUCACGGCGCUGCUGAAGCAGCUGCCGCGAGAGCAGCUGCAACACGUGCUGCGGGAGGUCAAGGCGGAGGCAGACGAUGACCUGGCGGCGGGGGCAGGCGAGGCAGGGGCGGCGGGCGGCACGCUGGGUGCGAACAUACCUCCGUACCUGGCAGAGCAGCUGGCGGCGUCAGGGGUGGACCUGACCAGUCGGCCUGUGCAGGCGCCGCGGCAGCAGCAGCGGCAGCGACAAGGCCGCAAUGUAGCGCCGGCGUCGUCGUCAGUGGCAGGACCCGGGCCCGCGGGCGGCGCCCUAGGCGCAGGCAGGGGAUCUUCAGGCCAGCGCUCAAGGCAGCAGGACCGAGACGCUGCUGAAGAGGAUGCGCUGUCCGUCCUGAUGACGCUACGUGACCAGGGGAUGUAGGGGGACCGACAGCGCCCUGCACUGCAGCCGCUGUGUUGCAGAACCAGUUUUAGACCGGUAUCAUGUGUAGGUAGGAUUUCGUUCAGGCACCACACCUUCCGCUGCCGAUGGCACAGAACUAGGAUGGUAGCCAUUAGGCUGAAACUAUGCUGCAAAGAGUUUAUGUUCGAGGCGGUUAUGUUGAAUUUCAUACUGUGUGAAGGGCUCACGCGAUGACCGUCACGUGGUGGGUGUAAGGCCUUCUGAAAGGAACGGAGCUGCGCCAGGCCGUCAGUUUUGUCCGAGGAGUUGCCGGAUAGAAGCGUGGAGUGAGUCAGGUUUCAGAUCUCAUAGGCAAAGCUCACAUGAUAUUGGAAGUAGCUCACGCACAAAGCAUCGGGCAUUCGGGCCGUGUGCGAUGAUUAGAUAUUUUGGGACGAAAGCACGGCAUUUGAGUACAGGGGGUCUUGAUUGGUCUGUGUGCGUAUGGCCGUGUGGGGCUGGGGCUAGUGCAGUGAGGGGUCCGUUCGUCAGUGCACAUACUGAUCAAUGAUAGUCUCGGCGGCGAUGCUGCUUUUGCAUGCCCUGGUGUGAGGCCCCGGAUCUAAUAGGAGCGUGGUUGGUGUGUGAGUUGCUGAUGUGGUGCUGCAGGCGGGGGCUUGCGGCAGCAAGUGGCGGACGUGAAGGCUGCUGGGCAUUGGGAAGUUGGGGACACCAAACUAGAGUCCUGAUUUAUUCAUUUGACGUCGGCUGUCAGUGCGAUUCCUUGACAGCAUCCUGCUUUGCUUUCCAGGAUAGUGGGGCCGUAGGUGACGGAGCGUAUGUUACAGAGUGCCAACAAUGUGAGGAUUUGACGGGCAUGGUUGUAAGGAUUGACCAUU